AUGAUCCGCGCCAAGGAAGUCAUCGCCCAGCUGACUCAAAGGUAUGGCCGGGACUACCUCGAAAGAGUACUUCUACGAAUAGGUGCAUCUACGGAAAACAAGGAGCCGCUGCUGACGACUCGACCCGUCGAUGAGAAUGAGCCCACUACACCGGUUGAUGAUGCAAACCGAACUGUUCGGCCCCAACCCACAGAGUCAACAGGGCAGUCCCACACUUCUGUGCCAAAUAGGAGGUGUAUAUUUUCAAGUCGGAGUCGGACCUUGAGAGUUCGAAACCCGACUGAGAGAAGAUCGAUCGGCAGCCAGGACACAAUUGCAGCAACUGCCAGUGAGCAACUUGUUAGCGGGAAUGACGGCGGACAAUCACGACAACCCUCGGUUGGGCAUUUCACAUUCGAGACUUCGGAAGCUGGUUCCGAAGAUAUCACGCCCAUGAACAUCUUGGACAAUGCUGGCUCCAGCAUCUCCGUGGCGUCCACCCUUGCGUCCAGCCGUGACGCCAACUUCGACAGCAACGGGCGUCCCCUCCGUUGCUGCAUGUGUGCUAAGGCCUUUGGGGAUGGAGAGGGUCAAGCCAAAGAGCAAGUAGUAUACCUUCCUUGCGGUCACGGAAUGGGCCAUGUCUGCCUUCUUGACUGGUUAUCCAAACCCAAUAGUCUUCCGAGAUGUCCCAUGCUACCGUGCAUUUCGAUUCGCCACAAGUGUGAGCACAUCACCAUGCCAACCACCAAAUCACCCGUGACAAGGUUUGGACAAGAUAACGAGGCGGAUACAACCAUCUUACCUUGGGAUUAUGAGUUCUGUGCGAGCCCCAAGGGCAUUAAGCUUCACCAAUCCAUUGCCUCGACGAGUGCCAAGUUACGGAAGAUGGAAGCCAAACGCGCCCGCAGGGGUCACGCCGGUCAGACGAGCACGGUCAAUCCAAAGCUGAAGAUCUACCGGUCUAUUCUCGAGCAGCUUGAGAAGAAACUGGAUGAUGCGCACAAGAAAUGGUGGGCAGCUAGGUGGAAGGAGUUUGGGCGGAAGAAGCAACAGAGCUUUUGGACCCGGCAAAGAGGAAACAGAGGUGAAGAGAGUGAAUCUCGUUCCACAAGCGCUUAA